AUACGAGAGUAGAAGGUUCGACGAUGACGUUACGAGAAUGCAAGAGAAUAUGGCGAUGUGUAGUGCAAGUGGUUUUUGAUUUCGUUCUUUAUGAAGGAUCGAAAUCCGUGUGCUCUGUCCUGUCUCAUCGUGUCGAGUGAUCAAGAGUGUACUUGAAAAACGCGUGGAAUAAAUCAUCGAAACAUGAAUUAUAAUCAUUCCAGCGCACGUCGAGGUAAGCCAAAGAGAUUGUUAGAUCCAUCAGCUGGUUUGUCCAUACAGACUCCUCCAAUGUCACAAAGUCCAUACAUGUAUAACCAACAGGUACCUAUGAAUAACGGUGGAAUGACAGAAUACGGUUUUAACGUCCCUGGGCAGGGAGCACCACCAUAUGGAUUUAAUCCACAAGUAUCAAAUUAUCCACCUAGCGAUAAUCAAGGAGCAGAGUUUCCCAGUCCACAAUUUGCAACAGAAUUAUUGGCUCAACCGGUCGUCACGAAUAUGGCAAUGCAAUAUGGCAAUGCAUUGGUUGGCAGUGGAAAACAACAUUUUGAAAAAUAUGUACCAAUUACAGCAUUAAAGUAUUAUUUUGCUGUAAAUACAGAUUACGUCUUCGCAAAGUUAAUGCUGUUGUUCUUCCCAUUUGUGCACAAGGACUGGUCUGUGAAAUACGAACAAGAUGUGCCGUUGCAACCGCGAUAUGAAAAAAAUGCCCCAGACAUGUAUAUUCCUACAAUGGCAUUUUUCACGUACGUUGCUACGGCGGGAUUAGUUUUAGGCACGCAGGGCCGUUUCACUCACGAGCAAUUGGGUAUUCUGGCUAGUUCUGCUCUUGCUUGGGGCGUGAUCGAAUUGCUCGUUCAUACUAUAAGCUUGUACGUAAUGAAUCUCCAGACGAGUUUAACGACAUUGGACUUGCUGGCAUAUUGCGGUUAUAAAUAUGUCGGUAUCAAUGCAGCUCUUUUGAUAUCGUUGCUCUUUCGAAAAUUUGGUUUCUACCUGAUGCUUUUGUACUUUAGUCUCUCUCUAGCUGUCUUUCUGAUGCGAUCGUUAAAAUUAAGAGUCAUUCCACAAGGCCAUACGUCAUACACGGCCUCUGGCAAUAAGAGGCGGCUUUACUUUAUACUGUUCUUGGCUGGUGUACAGCCAGUUCUAAUGUGGUGGUUGUCAUAUCAUUUGAUUUAAACUGUAGACACAGGAAAUCUGUAAAACAUGUAAUGAGAAAAGGAUGCAAUAUGUAUAUUUAUUAUUUAGUCACCGCUAUUAAUCUUUUGUAAUAAAAUCCGACGAGUGUAAUCUAAACUGAUGAAAGAAAUUAUGUCAGUUAAACUAAAUGCAACUUUUUUCAACAUUUAAUUGUGUUACAUCUUGUUCCUUUCUUCAACCUAGAAAGUGUAAAGAUAUCUGAUGACUCAACGUCUGUAAGUAUAUGUGAAUAUAAAAUAAAGAUUUAUGAAUUCGUUUAA